UGUCCCGAAUUACCCCGCCAGUCCCGAGUUACCCCGGUUGACGGUAUAUCUUGUCUUCUGGUCUUCAACAAAACCUGCAUUAAAGAACAGCUUCUGCCAAACUACACCAAUAUAUCUCUUGUUUGCACAAUUGCACUGCACAUAUUACUGUGAUAUAUUACUGAUUUCAUAGUAAGAACUGAUAGCAAGUCAUUAGUCAUUGGUGUGCCAUGGCAAUGCUAGCUGAGCCUCGAAUGAAGGGACGUCACAUUCGGGCAAAACGGGAGGCAACUCUCCACACUAACAAAAUGUUACAAACACAACUCACAAUAGAAGAUGCUGAUUAUACUACUGGGCUUGGAAUGGCCAAAAAACUCAUGGAAAAUCUUGGAUGGAAAGAAGGUCAGGGACUAGGUGCCUCUAACCAAGGACUUCCAGAACCAAUCAAAGUCCAUCAAAAUUGUGAGAGCCGAGGUGUGGGCUAUUCAGCAAAGCGUGGAGUCGAACAAGAGCAUCAUGCUGCACAUUAUGAGAGGUUUGAGAGCGUCCUUGCUUUCCUUUCUGCUGCAAACCGGAAGAAAAAACAGAAAGAUGAUAGAGAAAGCAAAAAAAGAAGCCUAAGUGUCCAUGAUGGUAGUGACGAAAGUAGUGAGAAUCAAAGUGAAAGACACAACACCGGAUCAGAACCAUCAGAUGGGGAAACACAAACCAAACCCAAAAGAGAGCGUAAUCGUCUCGAGUACCACAAGAGGACGCGAGCUAAGGAUGUCAGCAAUUACUCUCGCAAUGACCUGGACUGCGUUCUCGGGGCCAAAGCCCACGCCCUCUACUCCAACAUUGUCAAAGAAAACGAAUUAGAAACGGCCGAUAAAUUUCCAGUCUCACAGCUCAGCACAACGGACUACUUCACUGGACUCCAAGAAUCUAAGUCCAGUUUUGCUAUUGAUGAAGAAGCCGAGGAAGAUGUGGACACCUCACCCGUCUUUGCAGCUCAAAUUGACGCGGAAAAUUCCAUGAACAACGAAGAACAGAAACCGGAUGACGUCAUCCAAAAAUGUUUUGAAGACAGAAUGGCUAGUAACUACGCCAACUCUUUCGUCAAGUCGGAAGACGUACCGACAUCUGGUAUUGAGGAAUCUUCGGUCGACACCGCGGCUAGCGAGGAUGUAAAAUGCAAAGCCAAGAAGAAAAAGAAGAAAAAAUCCAAGAAAUGUAAUGAUGCAGAUCUGCCUUGCUCAACGGACAUUCUUGAACAUGAUAAAGAAAAUUUGGCUGAUGAAACUGGCAGUGAAGUAGAACCACAAGUGAAGAAGCCGAAGAAAAAAUCUCGAAAAAAGACGGAAGAACCAUCUUUCGUGGCGAUUGUUCCUGAGGAAGAUGAGAAAUCAAACUACAGUGAUCGUGUACUAAAAUCUAAUUCAAAGAAAAAAUUGCGGAAGGAUGGAUCAUCUGUUGAACGCGAAACAAAGGAAGUUGAUGAAAGUGAUGCCCAUGAAACUAUGAAAGAGAAGGUUGUGACCACGAGCAUUGACGUGGCAGUUGAGCCUUUGACCGGAGAAUAUUCAGAGUCUGGCCUUAAGAUUGCUGUUGCAAGUUCAAAAAAGAAAAAGUCCAAAGUGAAGUAUCAGGCAGAAACGUCCCAGGUUGCAGAAGUUGAAGAAGCGGUCAUUGGUAAAACACCUGCCGCAAAGUCAAAAAAGAAGUCAAUAAAAUGCUUAACGAAAGCGAAUCUUUGUACCGAUAGCUACAGUGCUGUGGAUACGGGUACUGCACAGAAGGAUACGGGUACUACACAGAAAGCUACGAUUGAGGCAGCAAGUCCUGCUUUGAGCGCAAUCUGGAAGAAGUACUCGCAUCGGUAUGCAACAGCCUUUGUGCAAGGAGAUAUUUUACCAGGUAAUGUUGAAAAUAAGAAUGACAGUGAUGAUGUGCCUGAUAACAACGAAUCUCAGAUCGCGUCAAAACCUAAGAAAAAACGGAAGAAGAAAGAACCGUUUUCAGUCACUCCUGAGAAAGUUGUGAAAGACGAUGUAAGUAACGUAAAUGAAAUGCUUUCCGAUGAGGUUCUUCCUGUGAGAAACAAAAUUGAUAAGGAAAAAAAGCAUAAAACUUCCAAAUCAAAGAAUAAACGGAAAGUUGGCGUUUCACCGUCCGAACAUGUUGAUGCUGAAAACAACGUGGGCGAUCUUCCAGCAGUGGAUAAGGCAAGUGUUUCCACAAAUUUGCUUUCUGUAGAAGAGACGGUAGCUACAGUGCCGGUCGACGAUGCAUCCUCAAAAGGUUCUCAAAAAAAGAAAGACAAGAAGCAAAAAAGGUUAACCCGUGAUGAAGACGCUGGGGUUCAAGAAAAUCCAAGUGAAUGUGAGCCUAUAAUGAAAAAGAGAAAGAAAUCGAGGCUGGAUGAUGCAGUUAUAACCAUCAACCCUGUUGAUGAAGCUGUACGCGAGAAAGGAAAGAAAAGAAUGCGCGAAAACGCAGUAUCUGCAGAUGAAGUUUUCGAAAUAAAAUCAAAAAAGAAGAAAAGGAAAGAUAAGGCUUCAAGCUGCUGAUGUUCUAAUAAAUUUUAUGAUUGAA